UUUAUUUCUCAAAGAGUCGACUACCAACAUAGCUAAGGCUCAAGUUAAUAUGUACAAUGCCAUGCCACUGCUGUGUUCCUUCACGGACUACUAGGGGAUAUCGCGACGUAAACGGUUAAUAAAUAUCCUACUUCAAGUUUCCCAAAAAAAAACUCGCGAGAAAGCAAUGGCUUCAUGCAAUCCGUCGAGAGGAAGGAAAAAGCUUCAAAGUCUUGGACUCAACCAUGGUCUGCUCGCUCCAUUUUGAAAUGGAAGACUUGAAGAAAAGUAUUGCGGGAAAAAUAUGCCUUCAAACCAAUGCUGUACUUCGCCGCGCAAAAGGAAACCUCCACCUCAAAGAUUCAUUGGUAAAGCAACUACUCAUCAAUCAUCCAGGGCUUUAUUCAUGGUGUGCACACUCGGAAAGCAGCGUAAAUGAUAAAUCGAAUGAACAGCUAGAGAGUCAGAUUACAACUGUAGAAUGUAAUGAAAAGAAUGUCGAAAAUGAGGCAAAGAGAAAAGAUAUCGAAACUCAGACCGAUUUGAUCGAGUCGAAGGUUGCAUGCAUUCAGAAUGAUCAGAGUGUUGUCGCACUUGUGAAACAGUAUAAAAUGAGAAUAGAAGAGCUCUAAAGAGAAAUAGAAAGCAUUUCAAAGAAGAAUGAGUGUUUAAAAAGUAGACUUUUUUCUA